UUUCCUUCUGUAUUCUGGUUUGAGGGAGGAUACUUUAAGGGAAAAAUAAAGAAGUUUGUGAAGCGUUGGAGAAAAAUACAGUGAUAGGCAGGACAAUUUUCAACCUAUGCUCCUGGAAUUGCUAAGAAGAUUCUAGGAUUUUAAAGAAGGAAUCAAAUAACCUACCAAGGGGAGCUAUUCCUUUUACUUAUCCCCAAGAAGUUCCAGAUUAGUUGGUCUUUACUGGAAAAUCAUGACAGAAGUUCCAAAGGCAUCCAGUCUCACUGAGUACAAUGGGGACAUGUCACCUGAAAAAGAGACCACUGAAAUCAGCGAUGAGGUUUUCACUCCUGAUGACCUCAGCAAAUACCAUGGCGCAGAUGUAAGUCUCGAAGAUUCUAUCUCCAAAGGAAAUCCAGAAGAAAGCAAAUAUUCUCAAGCAAGCAUGAUCUGCAGAGAUUUGACUUGGUCCUUGGAAGAGAAGAAUCAUAGAGAAGAACAAACAGAGGAGGACAACUUUACCGUUCAUAAGAGAAUAGCAAGUUUCUCCCUCAAGGAAACAAGAGCUGAUGAAAUGACAUCAGAGGAAGGACUUCAGUGGGAGAAGAUUCCUUCACGUGGAAAAUUCCAGGAAACAACAAGACAGAAGGAAAGUGGCACUGAGAAUCUUCUAGAAGGAAGAGAUGGUAGAAUUAGGAAGAACGAGGAAUUCCAGGUAGCAGAAACAGAAGCCAACUUGAAGUGGCUGGGAUCUCAGCAACCCAGCAAAGAUGGAAUGAUGAUGUCCAAACAGGAUGAGGAAAUAGAGGAUGGUGAGCAGGAAAUAGAUAAUGAGAAUGAGAAUGGUGAUGACGAUGAUGAUGAUGAUGAAGAUGAAGUCCGGCUGAUAGAAUUUAAGAAAGGAAAUGGAGGAGCUUCUCACGUCAAGGAGGAAGGCAAUGAUGGCGAAGACUCUCCUCUGAGCAGCCCCAGUUCACAUCCUGUGACACCAGAGGAACUGCCAGCCUUGGGGAAGAAGAAUGAUAUUUCCAGACAUACUUAUUCAAGAUACAACACAAUAUCCUACCGGAAAAUUAAAAAGGGAAACACAAAGCAGAGAAUUGAUGAAUUUGAGUCCAUGUUGCAUUUAUAAUUUACUUCCUCAAGACAUUUCAUUGCCCAUGCUACUUGAGUCAUCUUUUUUCUCAUGUAUAAUUUCAUAAUAUCUGGUGGAAGCUUAACCUCUCGUCUUUCAUUUGAAAAUUGGGCACAACUAGCCAUAGGAAGAAAACUCCAAUUUGGUCAUCUUAAAUCAAGCAGCAUUAGAUUUCUUCACUUACAUAACAGGAUUUAUACAGUUUAAAACUUUACUAAUGCAUUGUCCUGUACACCAAGUGCCACAGGUGAAUCUGGUAAUGAUCUGGCUGCAUAAUUGGGAAGGGUAGGAAGUGAAGUAACCAAAGGAACAAGAUGGCUCUGCAAGGCUAUGUCUCUGUCUUGAAGUCUUUCCAGUUGUGAAUCUAAAGAGCUUGGGAAGCCCACAACUAAACUUCAGAAAUUUAUAGCUGUUGGAUAGUUCAAAUGAAGCACAUUGUUUUAUAGAAUCAUUUAAAAAAUCUUCAAGGCCUCCUUCUCCUUUCCUCACAUUGUCCUCCUGUGAUGUGAAACUGUUAGCUUGGACUUUUGAAAAGUGAAAAUUCUAUAUGCCCAGUCCCUUCGUGUUACCAUUCAUUGUGUCCCUUCACUGGAGGGGCUGAGCAGCUGUCAGCCGGGAGAGUUCCGUUUGGUAAAUGUUGGUAUUAUGUUCACCAUUGAAUCCGUCUCAUUGUAAGGCUGAUGUAUUGGGACAGGAUAGAAGAGAAGUGGGCAUCAGACCAAAGAGCUGCAUUGAAUGUUUUCACUUCUGUGGGUGUGUUUUUGUUUUGUUUAUCUAGGAAAUCUUUGCUAGUAGUUACAUUUCUUUCAAACAAAGAUGAAAAUAUUAGCAUGAUUAAAAAAAAAUAAAACCCGUCUUUAGCAUUGUGCCUUCGCUCAUUAACAUGGCCUUCAGAAAUGUUCCAAGUAACUCAACUCAAUUUUACUAUUUACCAUGACAGUGGAAAUAAUUACCUUAACAUGUUUUUAAUAUGGUACCUGAGUGAAUAUUUUCAGUGACAUUUUUCACUGAUAGGUAAAGCUAAUAACUGAAAGAAUAUUUAACUUAUUAGUCUUCAGUUGCUCUAUUUGCCCUCCUCAAAGUUGUGUGAGGGUGCAAGGUUUCAAAUUGAUCAGUAAAUCAGGUGCGUAUGUGUGUGUGUGUGUGUGUGUGAAAGCAGAGACCCAAAGAGCAUCUCUAUUAAUUUGGGGCUAUUUCAAUCCUGGGUUUAGGGUUUUUUUUUUUUACUUGAGGCUUCAGUAAACAUAAUCCUGAAUUUUCUGCUCCAUGUAAUGGCAUCUCUUUUGGGGCUGCUGCUUAAAGACAGUUCCUUAUUGUUUAAAUGUAAUACAGCUCUCAUUGUUCAACAAUUCAACAAUUUGUUUAUCUCCUUUUCAGUUUGGGAAAAUCCUAGGGUUUGCUGCAUAUAGAUUCUUGCUUAUUUAUGUGCAAUCAACCCUGAUUCAUUUUGAUUACAUUUUUAUUGAGUCCUUGUUUUAAAACAAAGAUUUAUGUAGCAUUAUGUGCAUUUCGAAAAGUGGAUUCAGUGACUACACAGACUAAAUUGGUGACCACAAUCCUCUGUUUAUCCUUUAGAAGAUGGCAUAUUCCACAAAACAUUCAAAUGUCCUCUUAUUUCAAUAAUAAAUAUUUCCAAAAGCCUUUAUUAAGCCUCUGUCAGGGUCAGGCACCCUCCAAGAUGUCCCAAGAUAUAGGUCCUGAUUUCAAGGAGAUUAUGAUAUAAUGGAACUGGUGGUGAAGUCAUAGGGUUACAAAUUUUGAGCUAUAAGGGACCUUAGAAGUUCUGAUUUAUAGAUUUAUAGCCUCAAACAUAGGACGAGAGUUGGGAGUAAUCAGGGAAGGCUCCAUAGAGAAAGUAGCAACUGAUUUGAACCUUCACAGAAAUCAGAGUUCAGGGGGUCCUUUAGGACUGACUUCUGGAAAUAGAAUAAAUAGUUUUUUGCACCUGAUUUUGGGAUUUCUGGGGAAAAAAAAAUAACAGAACCAGACCUCCAUUGACAAAUCCAAGUGGAGACCUAAUUAAUUACAUGGUAAGCUUAGGUUCUGAAUUACUGCAUUCAAAUUCUGGGGAAUAAAUGAUUCCCACAAAUUACUAUUUCACUUUUUAGCAUGAUAUAAUACUAUUCUUCACGUAAAAGGGCAAUGUUGCUGACCUAUCAUCAUUAGGAUAUGAAUAUGGGCUAUUCCAGUAGUAGUGAUUGAUUUGUAUGGAACCAUCCUCAUAUCUAUCUUUGUUACCACUAGCACUUAUUUGUGAAAUGAUGAAACUGAGUUUGUGGACAUGGAACAAAACAAAACUCAUAUGGAAGUCUAAGUCAUCACCUUGGCUUCUUUAGCUCUGUGCCCUAACCACUGAAGAUAACCAGCUACAGACAAUUUUAUCUAUUGAUGUCUAAAUGCAAGAUGUGUGUAACUGGUGAAUUUUUAAUACUUCUCCAGAUUAAUGUGGUCUUGUGGGUGCAUAGGUCAUGCUAUUACAAAUGCUUUUCUUCUAUAUCACUACUCAUUAAAAUAGAGGAACUACUGCUAUCUUUGAUUAAGUCCAUCACUUUUAGUGACAGUAGGUGAUCAAUAGGUAACUUACAUGUGUUUGACUUUCUUUAGUCAGGAAACCAUAAUCUGGUAAGGAAGGCAUCUCACUUUGAAAACCUAGAAUGAAGAGAAGAAAAUCUCCUCCACUUGGUCCCUUCUAGCACAAACUGCAGGAACUAGGAAGAAAAGCUCUUGGUUUCCAUUGGAGAAGGAAAGCUGGCUCACCCUGGGCCUGCUGAUAUUUCUAAUAUGAUUUAGAAACUGGAGCAAACAUGAAUUAACCACAAACAAUGUUUAAUUUUCUGUCAAUAUAAAAUCUGCCUCAUCAAAUGCUAUCAUUGAAAAAAAAACAGAAAAUAUCAUUAUAUUAACGAUUCAAAUAAAAAAAUGCUUUGUUUACUCUGUAUUAGAUAAUGUAUGUAUGCUUCUGAAUCUAGAUCUUGGUCUCUUUGCUAGCUUUUUAAGGUGUUCUAUAAUGAAUUAUCUUCUCAAACUCAUCGAUGAUUGAUAGCUAGAAAGUAUUAUGUUAUCUCAUUAAAAAAUUCACAUCAUUUAUUUUGAAUAGGCUCUUUUAUUUCUGUAGAAUCAUAUAAAAUUCUGAGGCUUAAAAUAUGUCUAGUUUAUCAAAUUGUAGUUUACACACAUGACAGAGUCCUAUUUUGUAGAAACAGUGAAAAAUUAUCAUAGAAAUAAAUUUUAUUCCUGAUUAAAAUACUUAACAUCUUUCUGCUCAUUGAAUUAAUGGAUUUAAACAACAUUGAAGUUUUAAUACUAUUCUCAUAUGCUCAUUUGCAAUUUAUAAUACCUUUGGACUAUAUUAAAAUAGUUUAGUUUUUAAAGUGAUGGAAGGAAAAGCAUUUCAAAUGAGUAAUAAUAGAAGUGUUUUGGGAAAAGGAUAAAUUACUCAACUAGCAUAAAAAAGAAAUAUACUUGGCCAUAUUAUUAGAGUAACAUAUGGGCCCACUCACUGUUCUGGAAAAAUCAGAUAAAAUUAGAAAAGUAACAAGACUAAAUAGCGAAAGGGGAACCACUGUUCAAAGAGAGAAGAGUACUGUAAUAAAAAUAAAUAUGGCAAAAUGUAUGUAAAUGACUGGGAGAGAGCAAUAGAUGACUAGUCUAUAUAACCAAUGAAGACAAUGAAGAUAGCAGUGAUAAAUAUCCAAAGCUAAUGCCAUAGUGAUUUACAUGGAAAAAUACAAAAUCAAACACCUAAGUGUCUGCCUAUUGAUGGAGUAACUGGUUCAUCACAGAAAAUGUCUAGAAUAUUUGGAAAUCUUUCACAUUUGCGUAUGCUGUGAUUUAUUUAUGACUCAAAUCACUGGGAACAAGCAAAAUUGUUGAUUUUGGAAAUCCACAGUUCAACUUUAAACUCCCCUUUAGCCAAUAGGUUUAAACUGAUUACUACCUCCCUAGUCCAUUGAAAUGUUUACUCAUUAACUGAACAAAGUUUACUCAUUUGUGUCUUACCUUUUUCCUUCCCACCUUUUAGGGAAAAUGAGCUAUAAAAUACCCUCUGAAAUAAGAACAUGAAAGUGUGUGUGUAUGGGAUGUACAUUAUAUGGUUACAUAGCUCUCUGUUUGAUUCUAUUCAAGGAAAGCAGCUUAUCAGCUUGAAUAGGGACAAGGAAAACGGGGGAGUUGGCGCCAUCAUCAACAGAGCAGAGUGGGGAGGUGGCUGCUUUUCCCUCCAACACCACAGAAGCUGGUGCAAAACCACCAGCUUUGAAUCCAUUCAUAAUGAAAGGAGACCAGGGAGAUUUGUGCUGGCUGGAAACGGCUCAGAAGUUAGUGACCUAAUAAAGGCAGGAAUGUAGAACAGGAAGGUUGAUCACCUGGUUUUUUGUUUUUGUCCCAACUCUCAUUGGAAUAUCAGGCAGGGAGCAUCCUGGUAGCUGAGGGAAGCCUUGUCAUCACAGCUUGUGUGGAGUUUUGCUGGUGUUCCUGAAAAAGGUUUUGGGGAUAUAGACUAGCAAUCAGGAAUGGAUAGAAGUGAAAAGGAAUUUUCCAGUCCAAAAUUCCACUGUUGGCUGUAACCAAGGAACUUAAGCAUGGACUGCACAGCUAUCUAAUUUGGGAUUAGAAAAUUCCUUUGAGGAGCAGCUUGACCUUGCUCCCUCCUUCUGUAUUACUAUAUACCAAUUAUUGACCAGAGAGAAGAGAAGAGUAGAGCUUAUCUAUAGCAACCACCUCUGUGCCCCCUCCACACAUAGACUCCUACAAUUACCACACAUGCUUCUUUUUCUGUAGCCAGACACGAUGGGGAAAAGGGAAUAAAAGCCUUUACCUCUAUUCUCUCCCCAAAUUCCUUCUCCCACUCAUCUCCCAUUGCACACAUAUACCCACCCACCAUUUCACACCUGUUGUGUAGUAGAUACUGAGAAUGAGGUCAGUCAAUAAUCAUU